CAGCUUUUAUGAAUAUUUACUCAAGGUGUGGAUACAAGGAAACAAAACUGCUUCUGUAAAUCAUUACAGAGAAAUGUGGGAGACAUCAAUGAAAGGUCUUUCAAGCUUGGUUAAGAGAACUACCCCUUCAUCCUUUGCAUAUAUCUGUGAAAAGAUUGGAAAUUCCCUAACUGACAAGAUGGAUGAUUUAGCAUGUUUUGCUCCCGGAAUGUUAGUUCUAGGUUCUUCUGGUUAUGCUUCUGAUGAGUCUCAAAAGUUCCUGUCACUGGUUGAAGAGGUGAAUACAGUCUUUAAGAGAUUCAUAAUUUCAUGUUCUGUAUAGGCCCCCUCAAACAGUUGUCAUCGUGAAACUUUGAUAUAGUGUUGAAUGGAUGCUUAAGAUUGUAGUCUAUUAGACCACAUUAUAGGCUUGUUUAACUCCAAUUGUGUUUGCUAUUAUAGGCCACAAAAGUUUCUCAAUGAGUAAAUAACCAACUCGUGGGAUGCUCUUUCUUUUCUUGCUCUGUAUUAUAUACUACAUUGGUUCCAUUUUUGCACCAGAAAUGGUUUUGCAAAAAAUGCAAGUUGACGGUUGCCAUU